AAUUCUUAUUAUUCUUAUUAUUCAGUUUAAUUUUUCACCAGAUGUGUUUCUACUUGUAGUUCACCAUAUCAUUGUUUUAAAUUGUUGACGAAAAAGAAUAGAAACAAGUGAAAGAUUAGGUUGUCUUCCAGGAUGAUAGCCCAGGAAACUUAAUACUGGACUGCUCUCAACUUUUAAUACGUAAGCUGUAACAACACAUCUCGUAAGUUGUGCUGAUUUCUGUAGAAGUGAACCGGCAACGCCGUCCCGUCAUAACAUAGGACUCAAUCCGGUAAACGUGUAAUCAUCAGGUGAUUCUUGCGCGCAUGCUCAUUUGUCAGCUCUAACGGACGCGCCAACAUGGAAUUCAUACGAAACCGGCUUGAGAGCCGUCAUUUCUUACCAAACUGUCUCGAAAUUAGGUUAGUUAGUGCGAACCGGCCAUGCCGUCCGAAAAAAUAGAGAAAGUUGUGUUAAAACCUUUUAAAAUGGAUCCAACCCAAAAUCAUUCCCAACAGGAACUUGUUAGAGAAGGUGACGAGAGGACUUUGCGGGAUGUUAAAUUUCGCGAGUGGGUUGUUGUUGUUGUAUUGUGUUUCGUCAACCUGAUCAACUAUAUGGAUAGAUUUACGAUAGCAGGUAUAUUAGACCAAGUAAAAGAUCACUACCAUAUAAACAAUGAUGAGGGUGGACUAUUGCAAACCGUAUUUGUACUUAGUUAUAUGCUAUUCGCCCCAUUGUUUGGAUACCUGGGGGACAGAUACAGCAGACGGUGGAUAAUGGCUGGAGGAGUCUUUCUAUGGAGUCUUACCACAUUGGCGGGCUCAUUUAUGGAUCAUUUUGGCUGGUUUAUAUUCUUCCGUGCCUUAGUGGGUGUAGGAGAAGCCAGCUAUUCAACCAUAGCCCCAACCAUAAUUAGUGAUUAUUUUGUGGGAAACAUCAGAUCAAAAAUGUUGGCAUUUUUCUAUUUUGCCAUUCCAGUAGGAAGCGGUCUGGGAUACAUAGUGGGCUCAGAAACAGCCAAAAUUUUCGGCCAGUGGCAAUGGGCUCUCAGGGUAACCCCCAUUUUGGGUUUAGCAGCAGUUUUGCUCAUCAUAUUCAUCUUAGAAGAUCCUGAAAGAGGACAAAGUGAAUACAUCAGUGGACAUUUAGAAACAACGCCCUGGGGCGAAGAUAUUAAGGACAUUGUACACAAUCGAAGUUUUAUGUAUUCUACUGCUGGUUUUUCAUGUGUGGCAUUUGUGGCUGGUGCACUAUCAUGGUGGGGGCCAUCAUUUAUUGAAAAAGGCAUUCGAUUGCAAACUAAUGGCUUAAUAGAUACAUCAGAUACAACACCGACAUUUCUUUUUGGCGCCAUAACGAUGGUGGCGGGCUUACUUGGCUUAGUGCUGGGUACUUAUUUAAGUCAUGUCUUAAUACCAAAGUACCCAUAUGCUGACCCUGUCAUUUGCGGUGUAGGACUCAUUAUAUCAGCUCCCUGUGUAAUCGCUGUCGCUUACACGAUGUCUAAUAUUUAUUUAAUGUAUACCCUUUUCUUCAUCGGAAACAUCACUAUGAACCUAAAUUGGGCAAUAGUCAAUGAUAUUUUACUGUAUGUUGUUUUGCCGACGAGACGGUCCACAGCUGAAGGUUUUCAACUAUUGGUAUCACACGCCUUUGGGGACGCUGGAAGUCCGUAUUUAGUAGGAGUGUUAUCGGAAGCUUUCAAAAGAGCCCUCUCGAAGACGUACAGUUCCGAAACACUUACUUCUUAUGAGGACGAUGAAGUCGAGUUUACUUCGCUGCAGUAUGCACUGUUUUCGACGUGUUUCGUAGAAGUUUUAGGAGGACUGUUCUUCAUAAUCACUGCCUUUUACAUAGUGAGCGAUAAACGAAAGGUGGCCGAUGCGAUAGCUAGGCUCGGUGAUAAACAAAGCAAAAAAACUGUUGAAUCUCUACAAACAUUUGAAGAAGCUGUUAGUAACGACGUUUCAAGUAAAACUUCAAAGAAAUUUCGGCUUUAGAUCAAAUAGGAAUAAAAUGAAGUACAUUGCAGCUCGUAUUGCUACGACAGCAAGAACAAGUCAUAUAUUAAAUAAAUAUUAUUGAAACAUAA